UUGAAAAAUGAUCAUGAAACAGAUUCAGAAAUCUGAGGCCCAGACCUAAAGACAUUGUAGCGCCACUGAUUUAUUUAUUUAGACACAGCUUCAUGAUAUAAGAAGUUUUUCUAUGACCAUAAUACGAUCAUAAAUCAAAUUCAAAACAAAAACUAUCAUGUCCUGGGACACGUAAGUCUCUUUAAUUCGAAGAUCGUAAAUAUGUGGUUCACGAAAGCCAUUAUCUUUUAACUACAGAAUAUUAUGUAGGUAUAUUGUUGAUUAGCCAUUUACUUUCUGUUUUACAUCUAGGGAAAUAGUGUCAUAAUUAUGACUAUAACGUCAAUUACUGACAAUUAUUGACAUUUCAUAUACAUUAGUGCAGUAAAUGUAUAAAUCAGUAGUUUUAGGUUUAUUUUUUUAUAGUUUUCUUUUACAUAUGUAUAUUGUAUUUAUUAUGUAAUGUGUAUCAUUAACACUGCGAAUGAUCACGUCUUUGUCGGUCCAAUUGAAUGAAUUGCCGCUAAUGGGACUUCAAGGUAAUAGAAAUCACAAUGAGUUCAAGAAAACGCAAACCUGAAGAAACGUAUAUACGAAGUGUUAUAAGGGAAUUUCAAAAGGAAAUCAUUCAAUUUCUCGAAACCAUCUCGAAAGCUCAAAUGGAUACCUUAAAGAAAUUACGUAAAGAAUUUAGAGAAAUUAAAACGAAAAUGUAUGGUUUAAAUGAAACUACUAGAUUUAACAUUGAUCGUAAUAUUGAAAUUGAAUUAGAAGCUAUUGAAUCGGAGAACAGGUCUCUAAGAGAGAAACUGAAGAACUUGGAAAAAAGCUUAAUUCAUCUUACAAAAUCGGCUAUUACGCGCAAUGACGAAAAAGUUCAUAAUUAUUUUCAAAUAAAAUGCUUAAAAGAGCCCACAGACAAACAUAAUGAAAUUUUAGUUCAUAAUAAAAACGAAGGAACUUGUAUUCAAAGAGUCGAAGACGUUCCUCCGGCGAAAAAACUCGCUGAACAAAUAUCAAAGUUACGAGCAUCUCAGUCACCCAUAGCAAUAUCAGUGAACCGGUGUCCAACCUGGUCAUCAUUAGACCCUCUAAAGUUCAAAGGCUACUGGAAUAAUGACUCCCACGGGGUUCUUCUAAAUACUGGACAGACAGCAUAUUUCACAUUUGACUCUGCAACACGGCCGAUACUGAGUGGUGGUCCGCUGAUAGGGGAGUACAUAUUUGAGCAGAUGCACUUUCAUUGGUCGGUUGAUGACUUCACUGGCUGCGAGCAUGUGCUUGAUGGACAUGGAUACGCAGCAGAAUGUCAUCUCGUACAUUACAAUAGUAAAUAUGAAUCUAUGGAGGCAGCUGUGGCAAACCCUGAUGGUUUGGCAGUCGUGGGAUUUCUUCUAGAAGCAGUUGAUGCACCUAACCCAAGCUUUGACUGGUUUGUUGAAGCCUUGGACCAAAUUAAGAAGCAAGAUAAUGCUGUUCAAUUACCUUCAGCGUCAUUAGCUUGGAUGGAUCGAGCGGAAGUAACAACUGGUAGCUACGUCACGUACAAAGGAUCAUUAACAACGCCGCCAUACACAGAAUGUGUUACCUGGAUCAUAUAUGAGAAACCAGUCCAGAUUGGUAGCGAACAGCUGGGACUUUUAAGGCAAUUGGAGGGUGUCGAUAAAACGCCAAUCGAACGGAAUGUAAGGCCCACUCAACGGCACCCACCCGGACACUCCGUUAUUUACGUUAAACAAGUGAAAGCGAAACUGUGACCAAAUAUUUGUUAUUGUAUUAUAUUUAUUUCAAAUGA